AUGAAUAGCAAAGAAGUGAAUGAAGAAGAAUUGAUCAAGCUUGUCAUAAAAGGUCCUGUACUUGCUGUGGUAGAUGCUUACAAAAGCUUUUUAGACUACAAAGAUGGAAUCUACAAAGGCCAGAGAAAUCGCAAAGAUAUGUGUGGUGGUCGCCAUCUAGUCAUUGUGAGUGGUUUCAACACCACAUUAGAUGGCGUCAACUACUGGAUUAUUCAAAAUUCUUGGGGAAUAGAAUGGGGACAAAACGGAAUUGGAAUGAUGAUAAGAAAGAGUAGUCAAGAAGGCAACAAACCCUCUCUCUUUCUCAAUGUUAUCCAGGUGGAGGUACGUAUUUGA